GCACGUUAACCGUCAUUGAUAUGUGCUUGUUAUUUCGAUACAGAUAACCAGUACGAGCUUGCAAUGGCUGUAUGAUGAUGGCAUCAUUAUAAAAGGUUGACGGGCGCUCGCGCAGAUCAAGCAGGAGCAGUCGCCUGUCCGUCGACGUGCCCCGAAAAAUACCGUUAACGCCCGAGAAUAUACUAACGACGAGAUUUGAACCAGAACCGCUUCCUACCCGUGCAGGAUGAAAAGAGCAACAGGAUCCCCAACAGCUGCACCGGUUUAGUUAACCAGCUAGCUCUGCAAAUUGGUUACUAGCUUAGCAUAACUGACAUCUAGACUUGAGACGGCGAACGAAUCCCCCUUCGUCGCACAAAAUAUAAACACCGCACGGCUGUUGUGCUCGUAAAUACACUAUUGAAAUACGAGUGCAGUUUGUCGCGAUUGUGAUGAAAAUCCAGCUAGCAUAUGUGCAACUGCCUAAAUGGCCCCAUGUUAUUUCAGCUUUAGCUCGCUACGUUAGCAACAUUACUGACAUUAGCACCGCUGGUCAACUGCAUUAGCUUUUCUUGCCUUACGCACUAGCCUUUUAGGUUUGCAACGGCAUCCACAUAAAACGGUAAUCAUGCGUCAGGUCAAGACUAUCCAUGCAAUUUACGAGAAUGAAACAGACAUGACACCGUGAAGCAUCUAAAUGGCAUGCAUGUGUCGUUACUCACCACAGGAAUCACAUAUGAAGAUCAGCUAGCGUGCUAGCUAGCUGGCUAAAGUGCUUCAGUGCGAUUUUUUUCUUAGCUUUUUGAGGCAUUCGUCGCGGCUACAAGAUCAGCCACGCCUGAGCAGAUACAUCAAGUAAGUGGCGGAUAGUGAACUAGACUACGUAUAAGCUUAAUCCUUUUUUGUAAAUAAGUACUAGCGUUGUUAUAAUGUAAACCUAAUGUGCAGAAGAAUGUAAAUUUCAAAGCGCUGUGAAGUCAGUCGGUUGACGAUCGGCCAUUUUGCUGCUCAGCAUGAAGUGUCUCCAAUCGGCAGCUCGUAGCAGCUGCGUGGACGGGCUCUGACUGGCUGUCCGCUGUCAGCAGGGAUGCAAGAAAGGCGCUAUUUUGACCUUCACUAACUUUUUAAAAUCGCACUUAAAUCAAACGCGUUGGCUGAUUUCUGCUUUUCCACAUGAUCCCGUCCGUUGCGUUCAAUUAUAUUAUUCAUCAGAAUUUCCAAUUACAUAUUUUACCAGUUGCGAUAGCUGCUGUACGGAAAGUGUAUUAUAAAAAUCAAAGCAUGGCACCAAAAAAGAGAGCCGCAAAGAAAAGUAAAGUGGAGGAUUCAUUGGAAUCGGGGACAGAAGGAGAGAACUCGACAGCAACAGUUAAGCCCGAUGCAAAGAGACGGGCCGAGGGUAGUCCAACCAAACGGCAAAGGCAGAGCCAUCCGAGUAAUAAAUACAUCGGAGCGCACGUUGGCAUACAAGGUGGGAUAUGGAAAUCGGUGGAAAGCUGCACAGAAAUGGGAGGACAUAGUUUCGCCCUGUUCCUGGGUUCCCAGCGGUCGUGGAAGAGGCCUGCCCUCGACCUGUCAGCGGCGGGGAAGUUCAAGGAGCUCUGCGCUCAACAGGGGUUCGACCCUGCGCACAUUCUACCACACGGCUCUUACCUCAUGAACUGUGGAUCUCCUAAAGAUGAUGUUUAUGAGAAGAGCCAGGCCAUGCUGGUGGAUGAGCUGGGCCGCUGCAGGGCUCUGGGCCUCAGCCUCUACAACUUCCACCCCGGCUCCUCCCUGGGCACCAUCACCACCGAUCAGUGCAUCCAGAGGAUAGCUGGGGCCGUCGACCACGCCCACCGCCAGGUUCCUGCUGUGGUCACCGUGCUGGAGAACAUGUGUGGCCAGGGCCACACGGUGGGGGGUCAGUUCUCUGAGCUGAGGAGCAUCAUAGAGCGGGUCCAGGACCAGAGCCGGGUGGGCGUCUGUCUGGACACCUGCCACGCCUUCGCAGCCGGAUACGACCUGGCGGCUGUGGGAGGAGUGUCGGCCAUGUUGGACCAGUUUGACACAGAGGUGGGACUGCACUACCUCAGAGCCGUCCACCUCAACGACUCCAAAGGUAAGCUUGGCUGUCACCUGGACCGUCAUGAAGACAUCGGCAAGGGUCAGAUAGGAAUCUCAGCCUUCCGGGACAUCGUCAAUGAGCCCAGACUGGACAACAUCCCUCUGAUACUAGAGACGCCCGGACGGCCGGGGUUUGAGUUUGCCGAACAGAUCAAGCUGCUCUACUCUCUCAUUGAAAGCAAAUAGAAGAAGAGCCCUGAUAUGGUUGUUGUCAUAGGGACCAUAAAGACUGAAUGACCUCACAGGUGAAUGUGUUGAUCUUUUCAGGACACGUGAUGAAAGUUCCCUAAAAAUAGGUGUUUAUGAUUGUUAAUAGAUAUAUAUAUUUUUGCAAACCUAAUCUGAAAUGACAGACAACGUUUAAUUCAUUAUUUGUAUUCGGUAUUUGUUAUAACAACCACUUGGGGGCAGUAGAUGAGCAGGAAUGUGCAUUUCCAGGCUCCCAGAACUAUUCAAUUUUAUUGAAACCAGCGUUAAUAUCAAUUGAAAUGUUAGACUUUUGUUGGGGCACCUGUAAUGUGGUUUUCAAGAUAAUUCAAUGACAUUUGUUUAUUUGCCUUGAUUUAAUGUGUUAUCAGCACCAGCAAAAAACAAAACACACACUACUCUGUAGGGCACAUCUGUUGAACACCAGAUAAUUGUUUCAGCUGUUGACUCAUGUGGGGACUUCACACAGACGCAUACAGACACACACACAUACACACACACACAGACACAGGGACAUACAUUAGCAUGUAAGACCCACACAUUAACACACACCAAAACCACACUAAAGGAUGUAUCACAUUCAACCUCAUGCCAGCAUGAGGUUCAAUUUGAAUAAAGAACGCCGUAGCAACCAAUGUGUUGAGUAUGUACCUUCAGUGAAAUGGCAGUA